AUGGAAUUCGUACAAAGAAUAAAUCUUUUGAUACAAGAAAUAAAGACUGGAUUCAAACGUCUUCUUAAGAAGGAGAUUUAUUUGCAUUUAAAUGAUGAAGAAUGUAGUAGGAGUAAGGAAAGUGACGUGAUCACGUUGGAUAAAAAUGAAAUUCCUGCUGAUUUGGCUGAGUCAAGUUCUUGUGGAAAUAAUCAUGCUGAUAGCCUGCUGGAGGAAAAUACUGAUGAAGAGAUGGCAAAAAGUAUUGAAAAAAGAUCGAAACCCAAGAAAACCAGUUUCAAAGGUUCCAUUGUGGAUGAUCAGUUCUUUAAGUUGGCCGAAAUGGAGAGGUUUCUUGAAAGCAAGCAUGCCAGAGAUGACGCUUCUUCAGAUGGGAGUGAUGAUGAUGAAAAUAUUGAUUAUUUCACGGAUUUAAAUAAAGGGGAUGGCACAUCAAAUUUUGUUGAAAAAAAUGUUUCUCAAAGUGUGAUGUAUUCCGAUUAUUUUGACAUUCCUGAUGAUCUGACUGAAGAAAAGAUAGGUAAUGAUCAGAAGAGUGAUGAAAGUGUGGAUGAUGAUUUUCAAGAUAAGGAUAGUAGUGACUAUGAAGAGACAGAAGAAAUUUCCAGUGCUUUAGUUCUACCUGAUGAUGAUAUUGGUACCAAAUCAACAUUGGAAAAACAACAAGAAAGGGUGAAGAAACAAAUUACAGCAUUAGAGGAUAGCAAUGUUGCUGCAAAGUCGUGGCAACUCACAGGAGAGAUAUCAGCUUCUGCUCGACCCUCAAACAGCCUUUUAGAGGAAGUCUUGCAGUUUGAUCAUACAACUGCUGGUGCUCCUGUAAUCACUGAGGAGACAAGUAAAACGCUUGAAGAAAUUAUUAUACAGAGAAUUAAAGAUGGUGCUUGGGAUGAUGUUGAGAGGAAACAAAAGCCAGUGAAAGAACCUUAUGAAUAUAAAAAACCUCAGCCUCUUAAUCAAGAAAAAAGUAAAAUGAGUCUCAGUGAAAUCUAUGAAAAAGAAUAUCUUCAACAACAGAAUCCUGAAGUAGAACAAGAGAAUGAAGAACAUCAAGAAAUUGAGAAAUUAAUGAAGUCUCUCUUUUCAAAAUUGGAUGCCUUAACUAACUUCCAUUUUACUCCUAAACCGCUCAAAUCUGAAGUGAAUAUCGUCUCAAACGUGCCAUCAAUAAGUAUCGAAGAAUGUACGCCAGUGAACGUGAGUGAAACUGCUUUGCUGGCUCCUGAGGAAAUCUUUGAUAAACAGAAAACUGAAGUGAAAUCUCAGGGAGAGAUGACGAAGCAGGAUCGAAAUCGUGAACGGCGGGGGAAAAAGCGGAAACAACGCUUUGCAGCGAAAGAAAAAGCAAAACUUCAAAAAGUUAUUGAGAAAACUAAUCCAGGUCUUGGGAAUAAAUACGGCAAGGCGAAAGCUCUGGAGUCUCUGAAGAAGGACAAAUCAAGCACGAUUGUCGACGAGAAGAAACGAGACUCUUCUCUGACAUCAUCCUCCGGUUUCUUUACUCAACUACAGGACAGCGUCAAAGAAGAGAUUCAUAAAAAGACCCAAAAUGGAAAGAAAAAGAAGAAGAAUGAGACAACGUCUGCUCAUUGCAGGCUUUGAAAUGAGUGUGAAAGUUGUUAUUGUGAGGUCUAGUACCUCGUUUAACACUAGAUCAGACUCGCUUGACAGGACAUCGUACUUUGCAGUUGGAAAAUGAAAUAAAUGGUGCUUGACAUUACGAUGAUAAUCCGAUCAAAUAAAACGAAAACCUCAGCGUUUGAGAUUUGGUGAGGCGAAUAUAACUUAUGGUAUAGUUCGAGAAAGCUUUUUAGCUGAAAGUGAACAAAUAUAAGAGGAUCUUGUUUGAUGGAUUUUAGUGAUGACGUUUCAGACAUGAAUGGUUAACGUCAUGCACGAAUACAUCAGAAAAUUUACCUCUCCACUGCUCAUCACCACUGACUAUAAACCGUUGCAGGCUCAUAUUCACAACAGUUGGAUUCCGUUUGAGUGGCACCCCCCUGAGCGAUAGCAUUGUGUUUAAUGUUAAUACCACGCUGAUCUCGUUAAUACUUAUUCAAAAACUAUAAUAAUUUUCUAUUAGCCAUAUUUAUAGUCUCUUAAGUACAAAUAUAGAAUCCAAAG